CUUUCACUCAGUUAAUACCACGGAUUGGAAUAAUUUUAAUAUAAAAAUGGAAAAUUAUUAUAAUAUUGGGGCGGUAACACGUUUUUGGGCCCAGAGUCAAAUACAACUAUACGAGGCCUUUGCAGAACGUGAUAUUAUAAAAUUUCGUGGCGCUUUAAAACAUGGUGCAAAUCCUUUAGCUAAAUCACCCGAGCAGGACUUAUGUGUCUUAUUUCAGGCUUUGAAAAGCCCAGGUUGCUCAGCAUUUGUAGAGGCCUGCAUGCGCUGCUCGCAUAAACCAACUAAUCUUACAGAUUUCUAUAAAAAGGCCAUAAAUUAUGCCUGCGAUUUGGAAGAUUCGGAAAUUUUAUUAUCACUUUAUAGCUCAAGCGAUGUUAAGGCUAGACGUAAAUAUUUCAACUUAUAUGCCCUUAAAAGUUUGGCUAAAAAGCUUAACAAUCAAAAUGCCCCUGAAAUACAAAAACGUAUACGAACUGUUUUACUUUGGGGUAUAUCGGAAAAUGUACCCGAUCAUAAAGAAAUGACUGCUUUGCAUUAUGUGGUGGAAAAUAAUGAUCUCAAUGAGGAUAUAAAGCGAGAAAUUGUUAAAAUGUUUUUAGCACAAAGUAACAUUGAUAUCGAUACCUUUCGUGGGGGUGAAUUAAGAAGAAUAUUAGAAAACAAAUAUUCUGAUCUGAUAUUACCGAGAAGGAUUAGUAUAUUUCAAUCUUUAAUGAAUCGUUUAAUAGCGGGUAAUAUGGAUUUAUUUAAACAACAGUAUAUAGAUAAUGUUAAUAAGAUUAACAAUAAUGAACAAUUACAAUUAUUAUUGGAAUCCAUAAAAGAAGAGGCACAUAAAGCUUUUGAUAUAAUACUAACCAAAGGCGUGAAAUAUAAUGAAAAGGCCAAUUUUUCCUCAACCCGCCUACCGGGCAAAUCAGUAAAGUAUAACACUUUGCCUCAGCUAUUCAAAAUGCCUGCCUUAAAUUUUACACCUUUUCAAUUUGCCUGUAAUACUGGCAAUGCCUAUGCCUUGGAAAAACUUUUGCAAAUACCCGAUAUAGAGAUCGAGACCAAUACCCUACAACAAUUUAUACAACUAAUGAUACAUCGUGUUAAAUCCUCGGUGGCGCUUUAUCAAAACUAUUGGGAUUGUUUUCAACUAUUAUUGGAUUCGCCAAAGAUCGAUAUCAAUUCCCUGGAUCAACAUAAACGUACCGCUCUUCAUUAUGCCAUAGAAUAUCAAAAGGAUGAAUUGAUAAAAGCUUUACUAAGAAAAGGAGCUUAUAUUAAUGUGGGUAAGGGAGAACAUGAGCUACCCCUUAAUAGCCUAAUGCCCUCUUUAUUGGAAGAACAUUUAGAUGACUGCAUAAGUUCCAAUAAUCUCAAUAUGGGUGAAAAAGAAUAUGAAAUUAAAAUAAGUUUUAAAAAUUUCAUAACUUCCCAGCAAAAAAGUGAAAAGAAAUUGAAAGAAGUUUUAACGCCCCUCAAAUGUAUGGCCAAGUCCAAAGAACAUUGUUACCUACUGCAACAUCCAGUUAUAUCGAGUAUUCUAUAUCUUAAAUGGCAAAAAGUCUCUCAGAUAUUCUAUAUAAACUUCUUACUUAGUUUAUUCUUUAUCGUUUCCAUUAUAACCCAUAUAGUCUUGAACUUUCAAGGUUAUAAGCAAGAAACAGCCUUAAGAAUAUCUUAUAUCUGUUGCUGGUUAGGUAUUACUUAUUUGAUUCUCCGAGAAUGUGUACAAUUUAUCGUAGCUCCCUGGAAGUAUGUAAAGAAAUCAUUAACCAAUUAUUUGGAAAUAUUAUUAAUAAUCUUCUCCAUAUUAAUUUGUUACUAUAAUAAUCGGGACCUGGAGGUGGCUUGUAUUUUACUCUUGGCCUUUGAGUUGCUUUCAUUGGUGGGUUCUCUGCCCAUUGCCUCCAUUUCUACUCACAUGCUAAUGCUAAAGGCUGUGUGUAGAAGUUUUGCCAAAAGUUUUAUCUUUUACUCUAUAUUCUUAUUCACCUUUACCCUGUGUUUCUAUAUAAAAAGUGAAGAGCAGGACCAGAACCAUAUAACAAAGAAUGACAACAAAGAAGAGGAAUUUAAUAGAUUCUCUAAUCCAUUUUUGGCCUUUUUCAAAACCAUAGUUAUGUUUAUUGGCGAAAUUGAUGCCAGUAAUUUGAAUCUAAACUCCAGCUAUAGUUGGCUACUAUUUCUAUCGUUCAUUUUCUUUAUGACCAUCAUAUUAUUCAAUCUACUUAAUGGUCUGGCGGUAAGUGAUACCCAGGCCAUUAGAAAUCAAGCCGAAUUGAAUGGUGUUAUUUGUCGCAUCCAACUAUUGUCCAGUUUUGAAAGUGUUGUCCUAAAACGUACCAAAUAUCUGGCCACCUUAUUAAAACAACAACCAUUUCGUUUUAUAUGUAAACUUUCUUCGCACUUUGUACCCGAUUACGCAACCGAUAUUGAAGUUAUCUUUUUGCCAAAUGACAAAAAUAAAAUCUGUUAUUCAGCUACGAAAACAGUAAAAAAUCUUAAUAAAAUCCACGAUAAAGACCAUAAUACAACUGUGAUUCUAAUGGAAAAUAGUGAACAGCUUAUUAAGGGUCCAAAGAAAAGCUGUCUGACAAUUGAUGAACAUACCUCGGUGGAAGCGUUAAAAAUUCUCAAGAAAAAAUAUGCUCAACAUGAAAAAUAUCCAUUACAUAUUAUGAAUGAGAAACUAAAUAUACUUUUACAAAAGUUUUCUUUACAAAAUUAA